CGUAGUAGAAAGCACCUGCGGGAGAACGAGGACGCUGCUACCCAGCCGAAGCGACAGAAAAAGAGCAGCUUCACGGUUUCCACUGCCGCCACCGUUUGCCUGACCGGGGGGGUGGGAUAGAGAGAGAGGGAGGAGCCAUUCGUUCCCGCCAUAAAGCCCUGGCGUUGGCUUGAGCCCUUGAGCUUCCGCAGUCGUGUGUGUGUUCUCACCCCCUUGAACUUCUUACGCUUAAAAACAGAGGAACUCUUGUAUAUAAGGAUCCAUUGCUUCACACUGAAGGCUAUGGAGGCCGCCCAGAAACACAGGUCCAGAACAGAUACCCCAUCCUUGCUGAGGUCCUACCGGUGGCAGAUAGUUCAACAGUAUGUGGAGAAGGAACCAGAAUUGAGUCCUAAUCAUGCAUCAGGGGGCGGCAGCAGGCGUAGAGGCAAGCUGCAGAAAUGGAAGCGAGCACAAAGCCAGCCAGAGAGUGAACAUCCUGAGCCUGGCCAUGAACAGCCAUCACCACCAGUGGCCCCCCAAGACAACAGAGCUGUUGCUAAGAGGUCUGUCUUCCAAAGGGCUUUCUCUACCCCAGCCAAGCUGCCAAAAGCUCAGGAGGGAAGCAGUAAGCUGAGUUUAAGGAAGUACCUGCGCUCCAUGUCCCAUCGGAGGAAUCAGGAUGGUACCCUCCAAUCAGAAAGGGAAACUAAGGAAGUAAGCAAAGUCUUUUACAUCAUGGCAAUCCCUGUUUCAAGUUCAUCCUGCUGGAUUCAACCAAAAAUGAUGGAAGAGUGCAUCCCAGGUGACAAUUCUGCUCUCCAGUUGACCCGAAUGACUUCAGCAGUAACAACCGAUACACCCCUCUGGGACGUGGCCAAUGUGUCUCUGUUUGAUCAACAGAUAGUGGUCUUGGGAAGAGAUGAAGAGGGUCUGCUCCAGAACCGGAAACGAGCUAGCAGUACUGUUUCAGAGUCUAGUUCACUAUACCCACCAGUUUGCCAGAGGGACUGUGAAAUGUCCACUGAGGGACGAAACUUCCUAGACUCACAGACUGCUGAAAAAAGACCUUUCCAGGAAGGUUCCUCUGGGCCACAGCUCAGCAAUGUGAAGGGUCUGCUAUGGAGACGCAUCAGAGACCGGAAAGGGCGGGUCCAGACCAAGACUGACUCCUCAAAUGGACUUGUUGCUAAUGGUGACAGGGAGGCCCCUCUUGGCCCAGCUCUCCUCCUGGACUUGAGCAAUGAGAAGGAUGUCUUGAUCCGCCCGCUUCACAGCAGCCUUCUGGGAGAGCGGCACUGCUUUGAGGUGCUGAGCGCUGGGGGGCGUCGCUGCUUCAGUUGUGCAUCUGCUGCUGAGAGGACCCGCUGGAUGGAUGACUUGCGCCGAGUUGUCCAGCCCAGUAUGGACAACUGUGAACGGAUUGAGCGUAUGUUGAGCCUUUGGGUGUACGAAGCCCGGGACCUGGUUCCCAGGAAGCGCUAUCUCAGUGAGCUGCGACUGGAUGGGGUCCUGUAUGCUCGCACCACAACAAAGCAAGCCCGCCCCACUGGGACUAUCUUCUGGGGCGAGCACUUUGACCUGAAGGCUCUGCCACCAGCUGUAGAACUGCAGGUCUGCCUAGUGCAGGAGGAGGAGGGGCAGCGGCCAAAGGGCAGCACCAUUGCAAGCAUGGCCAUGCCCCUACACGAACUGGCCGCUGUACGCCAGCCUUUGGAGAGAUGGUAUCCCUUGGGAGGGGAGAGGCCCAACAUGCCCACCCUGCGGCUACGAGGGCGCUACUGCAACAUCCGUGUGCUGCCCAUCGUGCAAUACAAAGAGUUUGCUGAAUAUCUCACCUUCCACUAUCGGGAGCUUUGUGCUGGAUUGGAGCACAGCCUCAAUGCUCGGGACAAGGAGGAACUGACAGGUGUCCUAGUGCGGGUGUUGCAAAGCACAGGCAAAGCCAAGGACUUUCUCAUUGACUUGGGUGUGGCAGAGCUGGACCGUUUUGAUGAGCGUGAAGCAUUGAUUUUCCGUGAGAAUACACUUGCCACCAAGGCUAUCGACGAAUACAUGAAGCUGGUGGGAGGCCCAUAUCUGCUGGCCACACUGAGUGACAUUGUAGCCCAGCCAUGCUCUUUAGAGAAUAGCUGUGAAGUGGACCCCAGCAAAUGUGCACCAUGUGACCUGGCUGACAACCGCAGCAACCUGGAACACAUCUGUGAAGAGAUCUUCCAGAGGAUUGCUGCUUCUAGCCACUCUUUUCCAGCUGAGCUUAGUGAGGUCUUCAGCGCCUGGCAAGAGGCAUGCCAGUUGCGGGGCAAAGCAGGCAUUGGGCAGCGGCUCAUCUCGGCAUCCCUCUUCUUGCGCUUCCUCUGCCCGGCCAUCAUGUCUCCCAGCCUCUUUGGCCUCACUCAGGAAUAUCCGGAUGACACCACCUCCCGUACCCUGACGCUAGUGGCUAAGGUUAUCCAGAACCUGGCGAACUUGACCACGUUUGGGGAAAAGGAGGCCUACAUGAGCUUUAUGAAUGAGUUUCUGGAGAGCAAAUGGGGCACCAUGAAGACAUUCCUCAGCAGUGUCUCAAGCCCUGGCAGCGCCAUCCACUUGCCUGCCUAUGACGACUCCAUUGACCUAGCCCUGGAAUUGUCCAUCCUGCACGCCCUGCUCUGCAACAUCUUUUCCACCCUGGAAGAGUGGACAAGAGAGAGAUUGGAGCCCCUGCCCACAAUCCUCCAUGCCAUCCAGGAAGGGACACCAGUGCCUGUCACUGUUCGACUUGGGCCCAACGCAGAUGAGAGACAGACAGAAAGUCAGAAGCCAGGAUUUGUGCCACCGCGGGAGUUGGGUAAGCACAGUCCUCUGAUCAAGAGCCAGUCCAUGACCAGCAUUCAGAAAGGCCGAGCCAAGGAAGAGCCACUGGCCCCAGUGCAGCCAGCCAAAACCAGGAGCAAAGUGCAGCGCACCCAGAGCGUCCCAACUCAGAGCAAGGCAGCUCGCCAUCUUGAGAAGCAGAGCAGCACACAGCACGUGGCCAAGAGCCAGGACAGCAGCCCUCGGCUCUCUACCUCUUACCCACAUGCUGAUGGCAGCAGCAGCAGCAAGGCCUUUCAGGGGUGUUCAAAGCUCCACCCAUCCACAUCGCUCCACCCAAAACCCACCGUGCCGUGGUUGAGACACUCAGAGGAGGCAGCUGCAAAGCAAAGUGGCCUGUAUGCCAUGCACCCGCUGGAACAGUAUGGUAGGCAGAUGGAAGAGCUCCAGAUGGAGCUGACCACAGCAAGGGAGAAGCAGCAACUCUUUGAAGAGCAGCUGGAAAGACUGACUAUCCAGAAUCAAAUGCUCCUAGAGGAGCAGGCCAAGUUUCAGGAGCGGGAAGAGACUCUCUGCACGAGGCUGGAGGACACAGAGAGCUGCCUUAUGCAACUAAGCAGCAGGAUCUCAGGUGUAGAAACCAACUGGAAGAAGGAUCACGAGAAGCUUCGCGCUAGUGAGGAGAAGACCAAACAUCUGGAGCACCGCCUGUCUGGAAUGGAGAGGGACCAUGAUCAACUCCUCCGUGCUGUCAGCCAGAUGCUGGGAUUUCGAGGAAAGCAGUCCAGUACACUGCAGCGACGGCUUUCAGGGCCUGUGUGGGUCAACAGGGCUGAGAAUGGGGAUGAGACCUAGCCCAUUUCCCUUUGCAUCCCAAAAUGCACAGCUGGCAUAACUAUAGUGGAUUCCAUGUGAAACUCUCCUGUCACAAAACAGCCACAAAUGUCUCUCCACGAGGGACUUUUCUGUGCAUUGUCCUGAUGCAUCCUUCAGCUGGCAGCCCACUGGGAGAUCUCCUGGGCCUUAACACUUUCUGCUUAGUUGCCAUUGCUACUGCCUGAGAUUGCAUCAGUCACCCCAUCUGCUUUGCUGCUCUGCUGCUUCCAUCUGCAAGGGCUACUUUCUAUUCUGCUCUGAAAUUAACAGUUUUUCCUCCCAUCCUAUUCCCAUUCCAUCCUAUUCCACCAUAUUUUUGUUACUUGAAACUGAAAUUCAGGCUAUAUGGAACAAUAGCAGGGAUGUGAAUGUUUAUAUCCAGAAGUUCAUGUAGAAAGUGUGGGGGAGGGGACUCUUGAUUUAGGACUUAUCCACCCUAGAGUUUAAUGUGGAUCUGAAGCAACUUGUGUCUCUGGGUGGUCAUUGUUUCUGCAGCAUCCUCAUAAUGUAUGUCCUCAUCCAAGUGGCAGCCUCCCCAUGUUAAAUUUGGAUUUUCCCAAUAUGCGGAUAAUCUGAUAAUGGAAGAAAAUCCAGUGUAAAUUUGCAUGUUACCAGCCAACUGUGGACAUACUGAAAUGCAUUUUGCAGGUAGGUUUUCUUACAUGUGUGGUGACAUUUCGAUGAGUGCAUUGCUGUCUAUUGCCGUGCCCACUAUUUCCAUUUUGUUUCCAUUAGCCGAAAGGAAAGGAUGCAGACUGCACUUUUCCAUCAGUUGUUGCUGAUGUCACUUGGAGUAUUUUUAUUUUUAAACCAUUUCUUUGGACAGAACCGCUCUUGCACAAAAAAAGCUAUAUUAAAAAUAAAAAUUGCCCUUGCAGGCACAGGAAUCGGGAAAAGAAGAAAGUACGUGGCACCCUUUCACGUGAACAACUCUAAAUCUUUGCCUGACUUGGAGUGACACACACAUAUACAGUAUUUUUUUUACUGCUCUUUUGUGCAAAUGUGGUCUAUUGAAAAAUUAUAUUUCAUAAAUAAAUAAAUAAACAAAACCUGUACGCAUGCAUGCCCACAACAGAUCCUGGGUUUCCUGGCCUGGAGGGACACACACUAGAAAAAAUGUUCUUUUACUUCUCUUUUGUGCAAAUCACCAGAUUAUUAGAAAACGUGUAUUUCAGAAAUUUGCAAAAAUGUUUAAGGGUGCACAAGCACAGCUAAAAUACCUGAGCACGUCCUCAACAGACAUCAGGUUUCUUGAACGUAUGGCAGGUGAGGAAGUAUUAAUGGAGGGGAAGGGGCAACAACAUAAAGCAGGAAUGCACCCCGUCAAGGAAUGGGAGUAUAAAAUUGAAAGCACUCAUGUGUGGAUGAAGGUGCACAAAUGGGCACCCAGGAACAGUGGCCCAUGUAUGUAUGAAUGCCCUAGUGUGGAAACAACCUUAAGGAGGGAAGGGGAAGGAGGCUGAACUGCCCUGUGGCCCCCUGUAAUUCCCCUGCAGCUCCCCUCUCUUUGCCAAGCUCACUUCCAAUGUCAGAAUCUGGCUUGGGAGGAGGACAGACUGCGGAGAAGCCACGGGCAGAGAGAAAUUCCAUAUGCUUCCUUCCCUGGCCAUGCAUCCCUCUUGCUCCUUGAUGCAGCCCCUCCUCUGUCUUCUGCAUGAUGGGGACAGAUCCAGGUUUAAAUGCAGCAAUCUGAUGCCACCAUGUAUAGUCUGAGACUGAGAAUAUUUUUGUGUCUUUCUGCCAAGCUUGUUCCUCUAGGUUUGGACCCUUACCCCCACCCCCAGUCCAAAAUACCUCCAUAAACCAAUAUAUGCCACUGA